CGCCCUACCCACCUUAUCCGACCGAACCGCACCGCACCUCCGCCCCGCCCGCCAUGCCCGCCCACUCCCACGAUUUCGACAUAGCCGUCGUCGGCGGCGGCAUCGCCGGCAUAACGCUGACGGUCGGGCUGCUGCGCGCCGGCGUCAACGUCACACUGUACGAGGCGGCGCCCGCGUUUGGGGAGAUCGGGGCCGGCGUGGCCUUUGGCGCCAACGCGACGCGGGCCAUGUCUCUGAUCUCGCCCGAGAUCCGGUCGGGCUUCGCAAACGUCGCCACGUACAACCAGUGGGAGAGCAAGGCCAACAUCUGGUUUGACUUCCGGCGCGGGCAGGCCGCCAAGGGGCAGCAUGCCGACAAGGACCAGGGCGAGCUGAUUGCCUCGCUGCCCACGCCCCAGGGCCAGGCCAGCGUGCACCGCGCCCACUUUCUCGACCAGAUGGUGCAUCUGGUGCCCGAGGGCGUGGCCAAGUUCGGCAAGCGCCUCGUCGAUGUCGAGAAUUUGGCGGAUGGGAACGUGAAGCUGAAGUUCAAGGACGGCUCCGAGGCGGUGCAUUCCGCUAUCAUUGGCUGCGAUGGCAUCAAGAGCCGCACCAGGCAGAUCGUCCUCGGCGAGAAUGACCCUGCGGCUAAGGCCGUCUUCUCCGGCAAGUACGCCUACCGCGGCCUUAUCCCUAUGGACAAGGCGGCCGAGCUGCUGGGAGACGAGCUGGCGCGUAACAGCCAGAUGUACUUUGGCUACCACGGACACGUCCUGACGUUUCCUAUCGAGAAGGGCAACACAAUGAACGUCGUCGCAUUCAGCAGCAAAGAAACCUGGGACGAUCCCAACUGGGUCGUCUCAACCAGCAAAGAGGAGCUCUCCGCAGACUUUGCCGGCUGGUCCAAGCACGUACGGGACAUCAUCACAUUGAUGCAAAAGCCGGACAUCUGGGCACUGUUCGAGCACCCCCACGCACGCACCUACCACGUCGACCGGAUGUGCCUAAUCGGGGACGCGGCGCACGCGACGACGCCGCACCAGGGCUCGGGCGCCGGCAUGGCUAUCGAGGACGCAUACGUCAUGUCGAACCUCGUUGGCGGCGCAAAGACAGUGCAGGAGCUGGAGGCCGCGUUCGCGGCGUUCGAUAUUGUGCGCAGACCGAGGACGCAGCAGGUUGUUAGCACGAGUAACGAGGCGGGACGGCUGUAUGAGUUUGAGUUGGAGGGGUGUGGUGAUGUUAAGGAGCGGAUUGAGGCGAAUUUGUUGAAGCGGAUGAGCUGGAUCUGGGAGGAGGAUUUGGAGGCCGAGUUGAGGACGGCGCGACAGGUGUGGAUGACGGAGGUGGAGGCGAGGGGUGGGCGGCCGCGUUUGUAG